CCCCUUUCGGGUUGUAUAGUGUAGUUGGUUAUCACAUCGGAUUCUGAUCAUGCGAUUCAUUCGCAAUCAUUCCGGGGACCUGAGUUCGAAUCUCGGUACGACCUUCGCCGGUCAAUUACAAUUUUUUGUCCCUUUUUUUUAAGGGCACCUAACUUAAAAAUUAGAGCCAAUAUAGUAGGGCGGAGGGAAUUAAUUAUGACAAUAGGCCACAAGGCAUUUUUGACCUUUUAUUGGUACCAUUUUCACGUGACCUUCGAUAAGAAGCCAAGUCCACGCAACCCCAAGCUUAUCCGCCAUUAUUUUCUCAACCCCACCAAGACACGAUCACCACCACUCAGUCACCCUCACAUCCCACAAACCGCAUAAAUGGCAGAAUCAGCGCCUUCCAAAGUGGCCCAGAGCAUCCCCGAAACUCAAGACCCCACGAUCCUCGCUCUGCGGACCAGCCUCACCACCGAGUCCACCCCCCUCGCCCAGCGCUUUCGCGCCCUCUUCUCGCUGAAGCAUCUUGCUUCCCAGCCGGUAGACUCCCCCCAGACACUCCCUGCGAUCCAGGCUAUCGCCGCCGCAUUCGCAUCGCCAUCGGCGCUACUCAAGCAUGAGGUUGCGUACUGUUUGGGGCAGACGAAGAAUUUAGUUGCAGCACAGUAUCUGCGGGCUGUGCUCGAGGAUGUGGCGGAGGACAGUAUGUGCCGACAUGAGGCGGCUGAGGCGCUCGGGGCACUGGGAGAUACUGGGAGUAUAGCACUAUUGAAGGACUUUAGAGAUAAAGAGGGAGAGGUGGAUGUUGUGAGGGAGACGUGCGAAAUCGCGGUUGCGAGGAUCGAGUGGGAGAAUUCGGAGGAGAGCAAGAAGGAGAAACUACAGCAGAGUGAUUUUGCUUCUAUUGACCCCGCUCCGACAACAGCGCAGAACUCUACAGUUGAAGAUCUCGAGAAGACGUUGCUGAACCCAGAAUCGCCUCUCUUCCUACGAUACAGAGCUAUGUUCGGCCUCCGCGACUUGGCUUCGCCCCCCGACCUUCCCACGGCCGUCGCCGCUGUCCUUGCUCUUGCCAAGGGCUUCGCCGACCCAUCUGCCUUGUUCCGACACGAGAUUGCGUUUGUCUUUGGCCAGCUGUCACACCCGGCUUCGAUACCCGCACUUACUGCCGCGUUGAGCGACACCAAGGAAGCUAGCAUGGUUAGGCACGAGGCAGCGGAAGCCCUGGGCAGCUUGGGAGACGAGGAUGGCGUUGAAGAUGUGUUGAAACGAUUCUUGAAUGAUAGCGAGCAGGUUGUGAGGGAGAGUGUGAUUGUCGCUUUGGAUAUGGCUGAGUUCGAGAGGAGUGGUGAGACAGAGUAUGCUUUGAUCCCAGAGGCUGCCGGCACCGCGGCGGCAUGAAUAGUACAGUAGCGAUUGAUUGUAAGGCGGAAGGCGGGCAGCUGGCAACAGCUCCAAGCUUGUCUGGAGUAGAUAUCCAGCAUAAAAUGGCAUAGACGGGGUUUUCAACAUCAAUUGUUUCCUUUCCAUCUAGAGUGAGACAUUAGUUUCAAGUCCACCUCGAUUUCACGCGUAACUUACUUGUAACCACACUCGCAAGUAUAGAAAUUGGUAGAGCCUUCGUCUGCACCUCUCAGCUGCAACGACUGGUACUUCACUUCAUUUCGGUCGCACUCGGGGCAAGUCUGCAUGGCAGUUGCCUCGUUGUCUCUGUCGCUCAUUUCCACGGUCUGCACAGCUGAUCGCAUCUGCCUCAACAGCGAAGGAAACGAAGAGGCCUUCGUCUUGGUUAAGACUGUUUGUAAUGAUGUAUCUGAGCUAUUAGUAUAUAGCUUUCGGAUAAUUGCGAAGGACUAAUUUACCUCGGUUUUCGGUGCCACAGCAUGCGCACGUCAAGAGGGUAUUGGCAUCACCAGUUGAGCUUUCUAGAAGAUUACCGCAGUCGGUACAGAAAACAAGAGACCCAAUUGCAGACAUUUUGAUCAAUAAACAAAGCUGUGAUACGAAAUAUGGAGCUGAAAAUGUCAAAUUUACGUCGUAGCGAUAAAGUCGUCCCG